AUGCACCGCCUCCGCCCCUUCGCCCGCCCCUUCGCCCGCCCCUUUGCCCGCCCCUUCGCCCGCCCCCUCCACACCACCCCACACCCCGCUGCCGCCCGCAUAUCCAUCCCCACCACCACCACCACCACCACAGCCCCCACACCCACCCUCCAACAAAAGCUCCACUCCCCCCUCCCCAUCACGCCCACCUGCCCACCCCCCACCUGCCCCUGCACCCCCACCCCCGACCUCCCCCCCGACCUCCCCAUCGACACCGCCACCCCCCUCGCCGGCGCCCUCCCCCGCUACCACCGCCACCUCCUCAUCUCCACCGCCCGCGCCCACUGGGCCCCCAAGAUCGAACACGACCCCGCCCCCAACCUCGCCGCCGACCUCAAAUCCGUCGCCGCAGCCCACAGCCUCCGCGACCCCUUCGCGCCAACACUCGUCACAAACUCGUCCUUCGCGAAAGACCCGACCGCCGGCGACGACGCAGACUCGGCAUGGGUGCUGCCGGGGAACAUCUACAUCCCGCGCAUCCCGCGCACCACGGACGCCGUCAAGGCGCUGCUGAAACAGUAUCUGCUCCCUGGCGGCGAUCCCGCUGCUGCUGCUGCGGCGGUGGCGGCGGCGGCGGCGUUCGAGGGCGCGCGGGUGGUGGAUGAAGUGCUCGUGCUGAUCUGCUCGCACAUGUCGCGGGACGCGCGGUGCGGGAUCCUUGCGCCGGCGCUGAUGGCGCAGUUCCUUUCGGUGCUCCAGGCGCGAGGGCUGGCGGGGCGGGUGAGGGUGGGGUAUACGAGCCAUUUGAGCGGGCACAAGUGGGCGGGGAACGUUGUUGUUUACCUUCCGCCCGGGGAGGUGGCGGGGAGGGGGGGCCUGGGGGUGUGGUACGGGAGGGUGGGGACGGGGGAGGUGGAGGGGAUUGUGGAUGAGACGGUGGUGGGGGGGCGGGUGGUGGGGGAGUUGUGCAGAGGGGUUGUGGGCGGGGAGGUGGAGGGGGAGCGGGUUUGA